AUGGGAAAUCAGGCAAGCAGCACCCAGGGCAAUGGCAAGUACGACCCUAAUGCUUUAUUUGCGCGCGAUGAAUCCCUCCAGCCCGAGGAAGAAACGUAUUUCAUGAAUCACAUGGUCAAUGGAUGCGAAACGCACAUAGUCUUUGCAGAUGGCAGCUCCCUGCCGUGCUCCGUGGUCUACGACCUCGCGGAAGACUGCUUGCAUCUGCAGGUGGACGACAAGAGGCGCGUGAUCGCGCUAAGCGACGUGGAGGAGAUCCUUGGCGUGGACAACGUCGAGGGGCUAAGCACCGUCGACAAAGCGAUGAUCAUAGACGCGCAUAUCGUGGCCUUCCGGCUCAGCAGCACGAAGAAGGCCAUCCUCCUGCGUUUCAACGACAUCAAGGAGAGCAAGGGGUUCUACCAUUUUCUCAAGGAGAUCAUCCAGGAGAAUGCAGAGAAGGCACCCGCGCCGGAGCCGAUUGCAGAUGAUGAGGCAGCCGACGAGGACGACAACAAUGAGUGGUCCCAAACUAUCAUAUUCUAG